AUGAUGUCUCCAACACUGGUGUUGAAUCUUCUGCUUCUAGUGACCAUUGCUUCAGCAGGACAUUAUUAUGGAGGCUCGCUGACCUUCUCUCCUAAAGGAAUGAAUCCAGACGGGAGCAUUAGGGAUACUUGCACUCUAGAGUACAGCUCUGCCUACAGCACAGGGGUCUAUGGAUUUGAAUUGGUUCUGGAGGACUUCCCAAGGCAACACAUCUCUCUCUCCUAUACUGAUGGAACCCAGUCGUAUAGAUGCCCUCUGGUUGGAAUACGUUCAUUAUACUCGACAACACACCCGACCACCACAUCAACCAGACUUCCAGUCACAAUAACCCAAAACUACUGGUGGUGGUGGGGUAAUAACCAACAAACAACCACGGCUCCACCUACAACUAACACAUUGUGGUGGGGUAAUAACCAACAAACAACCACUGCUCCACCUACAACUACCCCAUGGUGGUGGUGGUAUAACCAACAAACUACCACUGCUCAACCCUCAACUACCCCAUGGUGGUUGUGGCUGCAGCUGUCUACCACACCGACCACAACACACCCACAUCAACAACACACUACGACUACCAUACCUCCACACCCACAUUCUCAUGAUCCAUUGAGCAAGAUCCCUCUGCAGUUUAGUCUUCUUGUUGACCCACCUGCUCCGUCGUGCACCGAGGGACUCUACAUUCCUCAAUUUGUUUCACCAACUCCCCGCAACAGAGAUCAAAUCCAUGCUACACCACUACGUGAACUGGAAAUCCGUGUUAAGGCCGCAGCAGCUUAUUCAAUGGUUUCUGAUGUCAUCAUUAGUGGCCCUCUGAACAUAACUAAGCACCCUUUGAGCACUGGAGAGUACGCCAUUAGAUGGACGCCAAUGAGGGAGGAUCUUGGAGAUAAUUUCCCUGUCUGUUUCAUUGCAGAGAGCUCAAGCGGAUACAGCAUUUAUCAGUCUGAAAUGAGAUGUGUCAUUGUCACUGUUGGGCGACAGACUGUUGAGGCAAAUGUGAUUUGCACUGGAACCAACAUGGUCAUUGAAAUUGAGCAGGCGAACUCCGUCGGGCUCCACAAGGACUAUCUGCGACUCAACAAUCCCGCCUGCACUUUGGACUCAAACGGCACUCAUGUGUUAGCAAACUUUUCCCUCAACGCCUGUGGAACUAUGAUUGAGGAGGAUGACCAGUUCAUCAUUUUCAAAAAUGAAAUCAUCUCAACUGAUGACCCAAACAGCAUCAUUACUAGAAAACACGAGGUAGAGAUUGAGUUCUCCUGCCGUUAUGAGAAGAGCAACAAUGUUUCACUACAGUUCAAAGCACAAGGACACACAACCACCGUCACCGAGAGAGGCUUCGGUACCCUCACGUAUCGCUUCGGACUCUUUGAAACAGCAGACUUCACCGUAAUGAUGGACCCAAACACAUAUCCAGUGGAGUAUGAUCUUGGUCAAAUGAUUUACAUGCAGAUUGAAUCCCAGUCUUCAAUCAACAACACUGAGAUUUUCAUCAGCUCGUGCGUUGCAACACCAUACAAUGACCCCAACUACCAAACGCCUUAUUCAAUCAUCCAAAAUGGGUGCAUCUUGGAUGAAACCGUACAGUUCUACACAAUCCGUGCACCGUUGGUCCGCUUUGCAAUGCAAGCCUUCAAAUUUAUUGGACUUCAAGAUCAGGUGUUCAUCAGUUGUUCAGUGAUCCUAUGUGAGGCAAACAAUCCCAACACCCGCUGUUCUCAGGGCUGCAUUAACAGCACAGUAGCUCCACCAUCACACCACCAUCGCAGAAGAGAAGCUCCCAUCCAGACCUCCAGUCACUUUGUCUCCCAGGGACCCCUGCGACUGAAGAGGAGCGUUGAGCGUGAAGUGUCAUCCACGACUUUGAACCUGAAUCUAGUCUUCAUAGCUGGAUGUCUUCUCGCAGCUGUCGGCAUGGUGUGUGCAGUUCUGAUCUUCAGAACCAGGAGACCAGAAGUCAAAUAUCAACCUCUACAAACAAAUGAAAUUUAA